AUGAGUUUCAGAUACGCAUUAGAAAACUAUAUUAAGAAUCCAAGCUUUGAAAAAGAAGCAAGAGUGUAUGAAGAUGAUAAAUUUGUUGUGAUCAAAGACGGUUUCCCUAAAGCUACAAUUCAUUACUUGAUCUUACCAAAGGACUUGAAAAUCUCCAAACAAAACCCAUUAACUGUUUUUAAGAACAAAGAGUUGAGGGAAGAUACUUCUAAAAUAAUAUCCCAAAUCAGAGAGAAAAUUUUGAAAAGACUACGGGAUGAAUUUAACAUAGAAGAAGAUGAAGAUUUCAUACAAGUCGGAGUUCAUAGUGUUCCUUCAAUGAAUAAUUUACACGUUCAUUUAGUAACUAGAGACUUCAAUUCUGAGAGACUGAAACACAAACAACAUUAUAAUUCAUUCACAACCAAAUUCUUUGUCAAUUUUGAAGAUUUACCCUUAAGAGAUGGAGAUGAAAGGCUUGAUGCUGAUACAAUGGAAAAGGUAAAGAAGACAUCUGAUCAGAUUUGUGUUUAUUGUGGAAAAAAUUACAAAAACAAGUUUGCAGAAUUGAAAAAACAUCUUACUCAAGAGUUUAAUGAUAAGUACAAGAAUAAAAAGAGAAAAAUUGAAGUGAUUGAAAUUGAUUAA